AUGAAAAAAAAAGUGGAAAAAAUAAAACAAAAAUUACGGGACGACGACAUUGAAAAAAGUUUAAGGCAGUUAAAACAAUUUUGCAUAAUGCAAUUAUCGAAAGAUGACGAUGCGAAAAAUAAAAUACAAAUAAAAGAAACGGAAAAGGAAAAUAAUUUUUCAACGAAUCCCAUCGCCGUCAUUGGUUCGGCCAUAGAGAAAAUAUUAAAAUUUUACAAAGUUCAUAGAAUAAAAAAUAAUGAGAAGCAAGAAGUUAACUGGCAGGAAGAGACUAAGGUUAUAUUAAAUUCAAUUGUAAAUACGGAAAAAAUGAUUAACGAAAAUUUAAAAUUUAAAAAUCCCAAAGAGGAUUACGUGGAUGCGAAAAGUGAUUUUUUAAUAGAAGAAUUCGACGACAUUAAUAAAAAAAGGAAAAUAUUAACGAGUAAAGUUUUAACAACCGAAGAACAACAACAACAACAACAACAGCAACAACAACGCAUCGUUAAAUCCGAUAUAAACGUUAAUCAAAAAAAAGAUAAUAAUAAUUGUACCGAUAAGAAAAUUAAUAAUCACGAAGAAUGCAUCGUUAUUAAAUUUCCAAAAAGUUAUUCUGGAGAAAACGUACAAAAUUUUCAAAUGUUAACUCCAGGACUCAUAGAAGCCAUACAAAAAGCUCUACAACAUUUACACUUUCAAGAUGAUUUGAGAUUGAAUAAAGGUUACAUCUUAGAUAUAGAACCAAUUAAUUCGACAAAAUCAAACGGUCAUACUUUGGAAUCGUCAACAGCAGCAGCAUCAUCAUCAUCAUCAUUAUUUCAACAGGAUGAAAAAAAAUUACAGGAUAAAAUAUGUAAACUUCCGGAAGAAUGUUUAAAAGAAAAAAUAUUUGGAAAAUGGAGCGAAGAUGUUGUGGAGUCGGAAAGUUCCAUGCCUAUGGAUUUAUCUAAAAAAUCGUUAGAAUAUAAUCAAAAUAAAUAUGCGGAAGUGAAUGCUAUCGAUAAACCGGAUGUACUCACCGGAAAAGACAAAAUAAAUUUUUUAAAUCAACCAAAGGGUGGAUUUUUUCGCCAGGAUUUUUUAAACAAUGCCGAAAAACACGAAUUAAGAGUUUUCCCAAGUUAUUUCAGCGAUAAAACGGAAAGCAUUCUCAAUCAAAUGGAAGUGAUUUUGGAAGAAAAAGGAGUCAUAGAAGAAAAAUUCAAGGAAAGACACACGGAAUUGGUUUUUAUGAGAAAUCAUUUGAUUCAAUUAACGGAAAAAGAAAGAGCGGAAUUUUUUUCAGAAUUUUUAUUCGAUUUAAAAAGGGAUAUGAGAAGCAGCAAGAAAUCCGUACACGAAUGCGAUAUAUGCCAGAAAAAGUUUGGCAGGCUAUGGGUGCUCAAAGGACACAAAAGGUUGCACAGCGGUGAAAAACCGUUUGUGUGUCCGGAAUGUGGUAAAACAUUUGCAGAUAGAUCGAAUUUAAGAGCACAUCAAAGAACUCGCGGUCAUCACAAAUGGGAAUGGAGGUGCGCGUCAUGUAAUAAAGCCUUUAGUCAAGAACGAUAUUUGGACAGACACAGACCGGAAGCGUGUCAAAAAUAUUUACAGUACACCGUUCGACAACAUGGCGUUAAAAAAUUUUCCGAAAUUCAAAGAGAUGAAGAAUAUGAAACAUCAAGCGAUACGGGUUUAUCUGAUGAGUAA